CAUUCGCUUGGAGUCAUCUGGUUCUUGUGUUCCCAAACCAAUACUACUGUGGUUACUUCCAAGCUUUCCCCCAGAGGGAGGCCUAGUUGGGACCACGUCCUGCCAAGAUGGAAAAUCUUGCUAAUUUCUCCUGCUAUGACCCAACCCUUCUUGGUUACCGCUACAUGUCAGUGUCUUGGGGCAUUAUGGUCACAAUAGUGGGCACAGUGGGCAAUGUGUUAACUCUGUUGGCCUAUGCUCUUGACACCAAACUGCAGACACGCUUCAACAUUCUCAUUGUCAACUUGACUUUGGCCGACAUCCUGUAUUGCACCUUUUUGCAGCCCUUUUCCGUGGACUCCUACCUUCAUCUCUACUGGAGGGCGGGAGCUGAUUUUUGCCGUGUCUUUGGGAUGCUGCUGUUUGUCUCCAACUCGGUCUCCAUCUUGACUCUCUGUCUCAUAGCAGUGAGCCGCUACCUCCUCAUUGCCAAUACAGCUCUCUUUGACCGUAUCUUCACCCGUUUGGGAGUGAUACUAAUUUCUCUGGGGACCUGGGUCAUUGGAAUUGUCAGUUUUGCCCCCCUGUGGAAUGUUUAUGUCUUGGUCCCCAAAGUCUGUACCUGCAGCUUCCAUCGCAUCCGUGGGAGGCCCUACACCACCAUCCUCCUGGGCUUCUACUUUGUGGUGGGCCUGAGCUGUGUUGGCAUCUUUUAUUUCCUCAUCCAUCUCAAAGUCAAGAAAGCUGCCCAGGCCAUGGAUCAAUACAAACUGAAGAAGACCAGCUUGAAGGGGGCUCAGGCUCAUGUAGCUGGAACCAACUCAACUAUACCAGGACAAUACCAUGAGCUGGACAGUGGGGUGGACAGUGCAGCAGCUUCACAGCAUUCCUGUGAGGGUCUGCCCUCUGAGCCAACUUCUAAAACCAGCAUUCCCCCAAGUUUGGACAGCAGCACAGCUCCUCCUGUGGCCCAGCCUGUGAUCCCGUCAAAGAAAGCGACCCCCUGCAAACCCAAGGAUAGCUCCGAAUUCCAGCGAGUGACCCGCAUGUGCUUUGUGGUUUUUAUGUUCUUUGUUCUUUGCUAUAUUCCUUUUUUGCUCAUCAACAUCUUUGAUGCCAAAAACCGGGCUCCAACUCUCCUGCACGUGAUUGCUGCCAAUCUGACAUGGCUGAACAGCUGUAUUAACCCUUUACUUUAUGCCGCCAUGAACAGGCAGUUCCGUGAGGCCUACAAAGGAGUGAUGUACAACUUUGCCCAGAAAUUCCACUGCUGCCGCUAACCUGUUGGGAACUGUACACCCCUUCUCCUCGUGGCUAAGUUCUCUGACCAUCAUUUGUCCUCCAGGAACUGCCAGGAAAUUGCCUACGCUUUCACCGAGGACUAAAUUCCUGGAGUUUUAACUUCUGUUCUUAUUUUUACUGCAUUUUAUCCCAUCUUCUGUGGCAGCCAAUGGGGGACUUUGUAAAUCAAACAGAAUUGACUGGCUGAACCUCAGUCUGAGUAGUUGAAGACUAUGAAAACUCUACCUUGGGUCUGCAUCUAAGAAGGAAAAAAACUGGCCAUGCCAGGUUCCCAUUAAUACUGCAAAUGUUGCCCUUCAUUGUCUGGUAGGGCAACCUGCUCUCUCUUUGUAAUAGGCAUGGAUUGUCUGUACACCAGUUGCAUGUGUACAUGGUACAUAUUUUUGUAUUAUUAUGUAUUAUUUCUGUUUUGUGUUUCAUUGCCAAAAACACUUCGCUUCUAGAGCUCCUCCCCAAAUUCCAACCUCCUGUCUGCUCCCAGAUCAAGUAAAAACUCUUUGUCCUUGUUUUCACAAUACCUGGGUAAAUUUUGUAUUUGACCAUUAGUAACAGGUUUUCAUGCAAAAGUUUUUCCAGGUCUAUCUAUCUAUCUGUCUGUCUAUCUGGAAAGACCUUGGAUCUUCUAUUUUGAAAACAUAUUUAUACCCUAGAAUAGAGAGGAAAUAUAUUCUCUCCAGGGGCGGGUUUCAAAACCAGUCGCUACUGGUUUAUUCGUGGGUGUGCUCGUGUGACGCUUCUGCACAGAGCCUCCCGCCACCGCUGCUGCCACCGCCGCUACCAGUUUGCAUGAUCCGGGGCAAACCGGUAGCAACCCACCACUGAUUGCCUCUAUUCUAAGCCAUAGUUAAGGCUUAGCCCAUAUCUCUUCAGUCUUUCUUAUCUUUCAGAUAUGUUCAGCCAAAUCUCCCAUCCUCAGCUCUCCAAGAUCUUCCAGUUCCUCAGAUGAAGCUAUUCUGCCCCUUUUGCUUUCUUUCAUCUAGAUGUCGUUCAGUAAUCAGUAAAGCUAUGAAGGAUAGAUCCAGUUAUUACUUGGAUGGGAAACCACCCAAAAAAUCUCAAGGCUGCCAACCAGAGUUGGAAACUAAAAAAAUCCUUUAAAAAAGACAAACCACUUCUAUUUUGCUGCCAAGAAGAUGACAUAGGUCUAUGCAGUCAUCAGAAAUGAAGCUCCCCUGGAGAAAGAUUUUCUCUCCCGUUAGAUCUCUCAUCCAAACUCACAAAUCUUUGAGACCGUUCAUUUAUUUGCCACCCCUAAUAAACAAUCUAGUCUUUCUCUCAUUAUUUUCCUCUAGCCCUCAUCAUAGCUCUCUCUUUUAUGAUGGAUUGUAGAUUGUAAUUCAUUGAAUGUAGUUGGUGUGCUAAAGCAUUACAACAUAUAAAGGGUGCUUACGUACUACUAAAAUUGUCGUUGUAUUUAUCUGUUUGUACCCUCAAGUUGGUCCAAACAGCGCUUAUACUGAAACUAUUUUUCCAUCUAAAAUCUGCUAUCUUAAAGAAUGCAUAAAUAUAUCUGGAACACAUUACUUCUAUGAAAUUGAAAUUUCCACAAUGGCCAGACCAGUUUUAUUUGCAAAAUUGAGGCCACUGCAGCAUCCCAGCAGUCAUAUGAUCAUGAUUUCUGACA